GUUUGUUGGCCUUAUAAAUCCAUGCUAAUCAAGAAACUUGGAACUUAAUUCCGUGACACAAAAACGUAUAUACUGCUAGCGUUGUUCUUCAUUCUCAGAUACAUACAUGCAUGGUUCGGUUAUUAAUUAGCUAGAUGCAGGUAAUUUCAUAUAUCUAUUAAUUCUUGGUUAAUGGAGAUCUCAGCAGGCUUCAAUAGCUCAGCUGAUUUGCUGCAGCAAUAUUGGAGUUGGGGAGUAGAUGGGGAUUGUGAUCAGGAGGAGAGUAGGCCUUUGAAGCAGCUCAGAGCUUCCCCAUUUGGGAACACAAAUUGUACACUACUCAAUUCAUCAAUAGACCGUAAUUUAGCUGAGAGAAAUAGGAGAGAGAAGUUAACCCGCAGAUUUGCAGCACUGUCUACUCUACUCCCUGCAUUGAAAAAGAGGAACAAGGCUUCCAUUCUUGAAGAGGCUAUCAGUUACAUUUUACAACUCCAAAAAAAAGUGGAAACUCUUGAGAAGAAAAUUACCAUCAAGAGCUGCGACGACGUCGCAUCGUGUUCAAAUCAGAGCUUAUUAUCUGUAGAUACUGAGUCAUUGGCACUGCCACUAAUUAAGGCAAAAACCUGUAACUGUGAGGUGCUGUUCAGUAUUGACUGUGAGAGAAGAAAAGGGGUGUUGGAAAAUAUUGUUGGUAUAAUUGAUAAUCUCCAUUUAUCAAUUGUUAGCUGCAGUGUUGUGCAUUUUGGAGAUUCUGAACUCAACAUCACAAUCAUUGCCGAGAUGGGGAAAGAGUACUGUAUGAGCAUCAAGGAAGUUGUGAACAAUUUACAUGUUGCUCUCAAAAUAUAAUCAUAAUGAGCAUCAAGGAAGUCGUGAAGAAGCCCAAUACAUUAGAGAAUAGAUAAUCAUACAAGGCCCAUUAUUAGAAGAUUGAAUAUUUUUAGGGAGUUUUACUGUAAAAUUUAUAAUUUUAUAUUGAGGGUUGAAAAUUCAAUUCGCACCCAUCCAGCAAAGUUACUUGAUGGAGUAUUUGUACACUAAUUUGUACUACUAUUGUUUUGAGGGAGGAUUGGGAUAAGCUAGAAAAUUAAUAGUAAAUAAUAGCCUUUUUUGUCAAAAUAAAAAUAAUAGCCUAUGAGUUCCAAAUUAAAUAAAUUAAGAAACUACACUGCAAGAAAA